AACGUCUGAAAAUAGCAGCAGGUUGUUUUUGCUGUCAGUUGACUUCGAUUCACUGAUCAUAACAAACGCAGAAAUAGUUACUGCUCAAAUUUUAUUGUUUUAAAGACUGAAAAGGUUUCUGCAAUUAAUUCAAUUAUGUCGAAUCCUUGUGCUGGAUGUAACAAGACAGUGUAUCAUGCUGAGCAGUUGGUAGCCAUGCACAAGUAUUGGCACAAGCCAUGCUUCAAAUGUAACGGCUGCAAGAAGACACUAACGCCUGGCAAACAGAACGUGCAUGAAGAUAAACCAUACUGCCAAACGUGCUAUGGCAGCCAAUUUGGACCAAAAGGGUACAGUUCCGGCAAUCCAUCUGCUGUUAAUAGCUACAUGAAAAAGUAGAAACGCAAUCAGUGAGUUAUGAGUAUACGCACCGGGGCCACACAAAGAAUUCAACGAGUUAUGAGUAUACGCAUCGGGGACACACAAAGAAUUCAACGAGUUAUGAGUAUACGCAUGGGGGACCCACAAAGAAUUCAGCGAGUUAUAAAGAGUACCCAGUAUACGCACCAGGGACACACAAAGAAUUCAACGAGUUAUGAGUAUACGCACCGGGGACACACAAAGAAUUCAACGAGUUAUAAAGAGUACCCAGUAUCCGCACCAGGGACACACAAUGAACUCAACAUCAGACUGCAGUAACACUUUCUGAAACAACAAAGCCAGUUGCAACUAGACCAAAGAGCUUGUAUAUUAGUGCACAAUUACGUCAAAUCUCAUCCCAGUACUGCCGCGAAGAAAACAAGUUACUAGACUUAUAGCAUUUCCUGUGAAUGGUGUCCUGACUUCUUUUGAUUGGAUCAGCUGAAAAAUAUGCGUCUUUUAAAACUUUCCUGUCAGCUGAAUAAUUUAUUCAAAUUCUGCCUGGUCGGCCGUUGUUUCAUUACGCAAAUGGAAAAUCCUUUGAAGCAUUCUUGCUGUGCCGUCACUACCAAUCAAUCGCUGCUAAUAGUAGAUAGACCUUCCAUAUGGUUACAGAUAGUGUACUAAUUAGCCAUGCCAUGCCGUAUUGUUCAUUUCUAAUCAAUAAUUUUUAAAAAUCUAUGUUAUUUCAUUAACAAGUCCAGCAGUGCCAAGCGAUAGGAGGUAAUUAAGAAAUGGUCAGUUUUAGAUGUGAGAGGAAAAAAAAAUGGGGGAAAACCCAUGCAAUCAGAUAGGGACUGAAAACCCAAUCCAUGCAAGGUGGGAUUCGAACCAGAGUCCACUGAGGUAAAAGGCUGGAAAAGAAACCACUGAACCAACCCAACUCCAAAACAAUAUCAUACCAAAUUAGGCUAUUACUGAAAAACAAAAAUGCUUUUUAAACCUUUUAAGUCCAGCAUAAAUUGUCUGGAUCUAAUAUUUUUUUCUCUUUCCUAAACACUUAUUUAUUAUUUAUUUAUUUAAUUAUCCAGCUGAAAUGAGCAUUCAAAGGUGAUAAACCAGUAGACAAAUCUAUAACAAAACAGUUGUUCAAUAAUGGGUUACACCUUUUCAGAGAGCAUCUCAAAAGUCAGAAAAAAAACAUUUUACAAAUCCUACUUUCCGAUUUCAGAAAAGU